CCCUUGUUGCUACUAGUGAUGGAGCGUUUUGUGCGGGCGGCAGUUUGUCAGGGAGAGUAUAUAUAUGGGAGGUAUCUUCUGGGAAACUUCUGCGGUCCAUGCAAGCACACUACAAGGCUAUUACAUGCCUGACCUUUUCCGACGAUGAUUCGCUGCUUAUCUCCGGAGCAGACGAUGCUAUUGUCAAUGUAUGGCCUCUUCUCAGGUCCGGUGACGAACGUGCUGGUUGUGCCCAGACCUCAGGGAUUACUAGGCCUUGAGCCUAUCAAGGCAAGAAACCGAGCAAGCACGAUACCCCUUGGAGUCUUCCAGAAGUAUCCAGCUACCGGACAGCCAGCAGCAAAUGAUCCAGCCCCAUGGGAAGGAGCUCCUGUGAUGCUGCUCGGGGCCCGACCAUUACCACCGAAGCGCUCAUUCCCAAGUGGUGUGCCGUUGAGCGAGAAAGAGAAUGAAGAUCAGUCAUACAGCGUAGCACAGCUGGAUCGACAAGUUUUGGAGGCAGAGACAAGGGAAACUGUUGCAGCCGUGCAGAUGGAGGUCGAUAAGGUGCGAUCAGAUCUGCGGAGGGCUCUCGAUAAUGGACAAGGAUGGCAUGAAGUCUACCAAGAUUUGAUGAGUUUCUGCGUCGAAGAGAUCUUAAACCCGAAGAAAGAGAGGAAGGACUUCGCCAGGGAGCAACAACAACACAUGCAAGCGUGACGCCAUGUGCUGCCGUGGGCAGUCAGUUUUCUUGUGUAGGUUUUUCUUGUAGAAAGAGAGGAAGCCAUGCGCAGCCAUGGGCGG